AUGAUGUUAAGCUGCCUCUUCCUUCUGAAGGCAUUUCUUGUUCUUGGGUUCCUGGCAUCAUGGGUAACUGCAGGAGAGCAUGUAAAAGAAGGAGAAUGCCCUCCUGAUAAGAACCCAUGCAAAGAGCUGUGCCAAGACAACGAAUCGUGUCCGGCUGGGCAGAAGUGCUGCAGCACAGGCUGUGGCCGGGUCUGCCGAAGAGUCGUUCUUAAGGGGAGGAAAGGAGAUUGUCCCAGGGUUGUUCGGAAACAAUCCUGUUUUAAAAGGUGCAUCACUGAUGAAACAUGUCCAGGUGUAAAGAAAUGCUGCAUGUUUGGCUGCAACAAGAGCUGCGUAGUUCCAGUCUCUAAACAGAAACUGGCAGAGUUUGGUGGUGAAUGUCCUGCCGACCCCCUUCCAUGUGAGGAGCUGUGUGAUGAGGAUGCGUCCUGUCCCCAAGGGCAUAAAUGCUGUAGCACCGGCUGUGGCCACGCCUGCCGUGGAGACAUUAAGGGAGGGCGGGAUGGUGACUGUCCAAACAUUCUGGUGGGCCUGUGUAUCGUUGGCUGCAUGAUGGAUGAGAACUGUGAAGCUGGGGAAAAGUGCUGCAAGUCAGGCUGUGGCCGCUUCUGUGUCCCGCCGGUCCUGCCAUCCAAACAGACAAUGAACCCCAACUGGACCAUCAGGUCUGAUGCUGAAUUAGGCGA